AUAACUCUCUCGUCCUUGGAAGACGACUUUGUUAAUCAAUCCAUCACAACAUUGAGACUCUGUCUCUUGCUUCACAUUCAUAUCCCAAGAGUUUGGAUCAACUCCCAUAAUCAUAUCAUCGGCUUCAAUGGAGCGAAUUUCCACGUGGGUAGUCCUCCUUUCAUGGAUUUUCCUCAUUAACGUGACACUUUGUGUGGAGGACGAGGUCAAGAGCUCAAUGAUAAGCUUCCUUGCGAAACUAUCAAGCCAACAGAAUAUUUCUGCUUUGAAUUGGAAGGCAGAUUCUGAUCCUUGUAAGGACCUCUGGCAAGGUGUAGUCUGCGAUUCUCGUAAUGCAUCAGUACGGAGGCUAUUUCUCGACAGGCUGAAUUUAUCUGGAACUCUUGAUGCUGCUAUUCUCUGCAAUGUUCAACCUCUUGCCGGUUCUUUAAUCAUUCUUGCUCUUGGUGGAAACGCCAUCAGUGGGGUGAUAUCAGAUGAGAUUGGAAACUGCAAAAAGCUAACUCGCUUGUACGUUGGGGGAAAUCAACUUUCUGGGGAACUUCCUCCUUCACUUGCCUUGCUAAAUAAUCUGAAAAGGCUUGACAUUUCGAAUAAUAAGUUUUCUGGUCACUUGCCAGGCUUGUCCAGAAUCUCAGGGUUGAAUGUGCUCCUCGCCCAGAACAAUAACCUCAGUGGGGCGAUACCCGGGUUUGAUUUUUCCAACUUUUAUAAGUUCAAUGUUUCUUGUAACAACUUUAGUGGCCAAAUUCCAGAUGUUCAUGACCGUUUCUUUGAAGACAGCUUUUUGGGCAAUCCUGAACUGUGUGGAAAACCACUGCAAAAAAACUGUCCGCUAAUUCAUACUCUUGCUGUCAAAUCAGUAGAAUCAAAUGGGUCAAAUGAAAUGAAUGGAUCGAAUGGAUCAAAGGGUCCUUCUAAAGACCAAAUCCUAAUGUAUUCAGGAUAUGCUGCAUUGGUUUUGGUAUUUAUCCUUUUCGUACUUUAUAAACUGUGUACAAGGAACAAAAUAGAAAAGGCUGAAGCUGGAGCAUCAAAUAAGGUAGCAGCAAGUAAUGAUCAUGAUGUGUUUGACAAACCUAGUAAUGCUUCAAGUGGACAAAAAUCAGUCGUAAGCAGAUCCGAGAUUUCAGUCAAUUCUGAAAGUGGGAUGGUUUCACAAUCACUUGUAGUUCUUGCACAACCAGUGAUAAGUGAGUUUAGACUUGAGGACUUGCUGAGAGCCCCAGCAGAACUGCUUGGCAGAGGCAAGCAUGGUAGUCUUUAUAAGGUGAUGCUGGACAACGGCAAGACGGUGGUUGUAAAAAGGAUCAAGGACUUGGCUACUUCCAGUCAUGACUUCAAGCAAAAAAUGGAGAUUCUGGGUCAAGUGAAGCACCCUUACUUACUCCCACCACUUGCUUUCUAUUGCUCCAAUCAAGAGAAGCUUCUGGUCUACGAAUUCCAAGAAAAUGGAAGCUUAUUCAAGCUUCUUCAUGGCGAGUCCAGAGGAUUUGAUUGGACCAGCAGGCUUGGGAUUGCAGCAAUGAUAGCAGAGGGAUUGGCUUUCAUGCAUCAAAAGGUUGGGGAGAAAGGUAUUGCACAUGGAAACCUGAAAUCCUCCAACAUUUUGCUGAGCUAUAACAUGGAAGCACGCAUAAGUGAGUAUGGUGUGAUGAAUAUGGACGAUGAACUGAGCUCAUCUUCUGCAAGUCCUCGUCCUACUGGUUCUGGAGCACCAAUUGUGUUGAAGGCAGAUGUGUAUGGAUUUGGGGUGAUACUUCUUGAGCUACUUACAGGGAAGUGUGUGAAGAACGAUGGGAUUGACUUGGCGGAGUGGGUCCAAUCUGUUGUGAGGGAAGAAUGGACAGGCGAGGUGUUUGACAAGGCACUGAUAUCAGAGUAUGCCAGUGAAGAGAGGCUGGUGAAUCUGCUUCGAGUGGCUAUCAAAUGUGUUCAUCGUUCACCAGAAGCUAGGCCAAGUAUGAAUCAGGUGGCUCUCAUGGUUAACACUGUCAAAGAGGAAGAAGAGAAAUCAUUGAUCUAUGAGGUGUGAUUUAGCUGGGGCCAUAUGCUUAGUAUUGACUCAUAUAAAUCUGGCCACUGCAGAGUAUACUUUUAAGUGGAAUUUCAUUACAUAUCGUGAUAAUAUUCUUGACAAUUUCUUUCCUUCCAAUCAUGUAUGUAGAACAUUUGCAUGGUUUUAUGAAUAA